AUGCUUGAAAGCUUUACGAGAUCGUUGCUAGCGAAGCAAGUCCCACCGCUCUUCGUCUUCCAAGCCGGAGCAAGACCCGCCCUCCUCAAUUACGCGACCACCCAGGCGAGAACAGCAACAACCUCCUCCCUCCCAAAUCAAUCCGCUGCCUCACGCAGAAGGUCCGUAACAGUAAUCAACGACACCGGUGCGGUACCAUGGACAAAGCUCCGCGCAGGAGAGAAAGCCGCCCGAGCAACACAACAGACAUUCAAUUUUGGAAUCGUCGCGCUUGGCGUGGUCUUGACUGGAGGAGUAGCAACCGUUUUAUGGCUCGAAGUCUUCUCCACAGACAGCAAGACGGCGUUGUUUAAUAAAGCGGCAGACCGAGUAAGGGGUGAUCCGAAAUGUCGCGAAUUAUUGGCUGGAGAUGGAAUGCAUAGUAAGAGGGAUAUCAAAGCUUAUGGCGAGCCGAGUUGGAGUCGGUGGGCGAGGAAUAGGACAAUUGCGAGUAGGGUUGAGAAAGACAGGGCGGGAAUUGAGCACUUGCAUAUGCACUUCUAUGUUGAAGGGCCGGCAGCGAAGGGCACGGUGAAUUUGCAGAUGAGCAGGAGGCCAGGGGAAGAUUUUGAGUAUGAGAUGCUUGCGCUGGACGUCCCAGGGCAGCAGAGGUAUUAUUUGGAAGAUGCGAAUGCGAGGAAAUUGGAUCAAAGGAAGUCUGGGAGGAUGUUUGGAGUGAGAUGGAAUUAG